AUGUGGAAAUUCCACAAGACCUUUUGGCCCGACACUCUCGCAGACGCCCGCCUUACGGCGGCGCUGCCGGCCUUCCGCGAGAAGAUUGUUUUCGUCGGCGACGCCCAGUCCGGCAAGACUAGCGUCAUAGACAGUGUCCGCGCUGCUCUCCACCAGCAGCAGCUGCAGCAGCAGCAGCCGCAGCAGCAGCGCCCUAGAUGA